AUGCAUCCCAGUUUGACGACCUCGACACCUUUUUCCGUGAAGGAUAUCUUGAGGAUGGAGCACCACCACGACUACGACCAUGAUUUUCUAACGGCUGACCAGGUUGUGCCCUUGCAUCAUCAGCACGUGCACGCUGCGCCCCAGAACAGAGACUUUUAUGAAUGCCACUCGGAGCCGCGAGCCUCGGAGAUACUUGACAAACUCGAUACUCACAACCCGGGAGCAGAAGAGGAGAUACACGAGCAAGAGAUGAGCGGGUUCGACAGUCCAUCUGAUUGUGACAAACCCCCCCAGAGGCCCUGCGUGCGCAGGAAGCCCCGGGUCCUCUUCUCCCAGUCUCAAGUGUCCGAACUAGAGAGGCGUUUCAGACAGCAGCGCUACCUGUCCGCCCCGGAGAGAGAGCACCUGGCCCACGUGCUCCAGCUCACUUCCACCCAGGUGAAAAUCUGGUUCCAGAACCGCAGGUACAAAUGUAAACGUCAGAGGCAGGACAAAUCUCUGGAGCUGGCGGGUUAUCUGCCUGCACCCAGGAGGGUCGCGGUUCCCGUGCUGGUGCGGGACGGGAAGCUGUGCGGUGCCAGUUCCCAUUCAGCGCCUUACAAUGUAACACUUGGACAUUAUAACCCCGCGCUUGGAUACGGAAACAGCAGCGUGUACGGCUGCAGUUAUCACAGCGCGUCACCUUCUGCGGCACAGAUGUCCAACAGCCGGCUAAAUGAUUUAACAGGAAACACCGAGACGCACUUCGGCCACGGGCCGUUUCAGGCCUCUCUACAGGGUAUAAGAGGCUGGUGA